AUGUCGUCAUCCGGCGCCCCGGCCCCGGCGGCGGCGAUGGCCGUGGACGACGCGGAGGACGACCAGCUCACCUCCAUGUCCACGGAGGACAUCAUCCGGGCCUCCCGCCUCCUCGACAACGAGAUCCGCGUCCUCAAGGACGAGUUGCAGCGGACGAACCUGGAGUUGGAGUCGUUCAAGGAGAAGAUUAAGGAAAACCAGGAGAAAAUUAAGCUCAACAAGCAGCUGCCCUACCUCGUCGGCAACAUCGUUGAGAUCUUGGAAAUGAACCCUGAGGAUGAAGCUGAGGAGGAUGGUGCUAACAUUGAUUUAGACUCACAAAGGAAAGGAAAAUGUGUUGUACUGAAGACCUCCACAAGACAAACUAUAUUCCUUCCUGUUGUUGGGCUAGUGGACCCUGACAAGCUAAAGCCGGGUGAUCUGGUUGGAGUAAAUAAAGAUAGCUACCUUAUAUUAGAUACAUUGCCAUCAGAGUAUGAUUCUCGAGUGAAGGCAAUGGAGGUGGAUGAAAAGCCCACCGAAGAUUAUAAUGACAUUGGAGGUCUUGAAAAGCAGAUUCAAGAGCUUGUGGAGGCAAUUGUACUGCCCAUGACACAUAAAGACCGGUUCCAGAAGUUGGGCAUCCGACCUCCAAAAGGAGUUCUUUUGUAUGGACCACCAGGAACUGGCAAGACACUCAUGGCUCGUGCAUGUGCUGCACAGACGAAUGCAACGUUUCUGAAAUUAGCUGGUCCACAACUUGUGCAGAUGUUUAUUGGCGAUGGAGCAAAGCUUGUCCGGGAUGCAUUCCAGCUUGCCAAAGAGAAAGCUCCUUGUAUUAUAUUUAUUGAUGAGAUAGAUGCUAUUGGUACCAAGCGUUUUGAUAGUGAAGUUAGUGGUGAUAGAGAAGUUCAGCGAACUAUGUUGGAAUUACUGAAUCAACUGGAUGGAUUCAGCAGCGAUGAGAGAAUAAAGGUCAUAGCUGCAACGAACCGUGCCGACAUCCUUGACCCUGCUCUGAUGCGAUCUGGACGGUUGGACCGAAAGAUUGAGUUCCCUCACCCAUCUGAAGAAGCAAGAGCUAGAAUCUUGCAAAUUCAUUCAAGAAAAAUGAAUGUAAAUCCCGAUGUCAACUUUGAAGAAUUGGCUCGCUCAACAGAUGACUUUAACGGAGCACAGCUAAAGGCAGUUUGUGUAGAAGCUGGUAUGCUCGCUCUACGGCGCGAUGCUACAGAGGUAACUCACGAGGACUUCAAUGAAGGAAUCGUACAGGUCCAGGCGAAGAAAAAGUCAAGCUUGAACUACUAUGCUUAA